AUUGGUUGCCAUUGCAGAGGGGCAAGACUCGAGAGGCUGGAGCAGGCUGCAAGAGUGCCAACACUUCCAAAGUUCCAUGUCCAUGGGUCUGGCUCAGCUCUCCAGGCGGAACAGUGAAAAGUGACGAGAGCAUGAUCAGGGGACACAGGGAGGAGCAAUUGUGAUUCUUCCGUUGGCUGCAAGCCCAUCAGACCUUCGCGAAGCAGGGGCGCUCAAUCGAUGAAAGCCAGUGACUAGAAUUGGCAGCCACCUGCUGACAGAAUAUGUAGGAGCUUCUGUGCGGUGCAGCUGGUGUUGGGAAAAACUAGGCUUCAGGAAAGCCCGCAACAAUGAAAGCAGCUCUCAGGCCUGGGGAUGCGGCGUUUGCAAACGUGGAGAAGGUGAAUGCGGAGCUCUUCACUCUCACAUAUGGGGCAGUUGUACGGCAGCUGCUGACAGACCACGAGGAUGUGGAUGAUGUCAACAAGCAGCUAGACAGCAUGGGCUACAAUAUUGGCAUCCGAUUGAUUGAUGAGUUCCUCGCCAAAUCAAACUCUGCGAAGUGCGCCGACUUCAGGGAAACAGCUGAUGUCAUUGCUAAGGUCGGGUUCAAGAUGUUUCUCGGAGUCUCUCCCACGGUCGCCAACUGGAGCCCAGACGGGAAGGAGUGCAGCCUUCUGAUGGACGACAAUCCGCUGGUCGACUUCGUCGAGCUGCCCGACACCUGCCAAGGCCUCUCGUACUGCAGCAUACUGUGCGGGGUCUUAAGGGGGGCGUUGGAAAUGAUCUCAAUGCGAACAGAGGUGAGGAUCGUCAAGGAUAUGCUGAAAGGGGACGACGUAUAUGAGAUUCGAAUGAGGCUAAUAGAGACGGUGCCCGAAGAGCUUCCUUACAAAGACGACGAGUAGCUUCGUCGAUUCGUUAUACAUUAACUGCUAUUUCUCGAGGGUCCCGGUCGCAGUUGUUCACCUUUUAUUCGGUGUCGCAAGUUGCUCGACCAGCAACGUUACCAGGUUGCGUAUCACGGCUGAAUCUACUUGCGGCCUUAAAUUUCACUUCUGGCCGGCUGCUCUGGUCGCCGCAGGGAGGCAGGCAGAUAAUCGAUCCAAUCACUGAUGAUCACUCAUCAUCACGUGCUGAACGAGUACAUAUACAUUGGUAAUUCGAGUUUUCCGUAUGCAACCGCCGACACACGUCAUGUGUCGAGACCUAUUCAUCAACGCUGAUUCUCUCGACAAG